CCAUUGCCCCUCGACCGCUCGUCAAACCGACUUUCCCCCGACCUCAACAGACCCUUCGCGAAACACAGUCCAAGCCGACCUUACUAUCGCCGCUAGCAUGGAAGAAGAGAACAACGCCAGCGCCCACUUGAAGGAGGUGACGCGCCUUUGGCGCGCAUGGAGGACCGUCCACGAGAUGGUGCAGGACAGGGGCUACGAACUGGCUGAAGAUGAAGUCAAGAUCUCGCUCGACCGUUUCCGCGCCGAAUACACCAACGAGGACGGCAGCCCAAACCGCGCAAAGAUGCAGUUCUCCGCCCGCCCCUCCGAGGCCAUGAUCAAGAAGUUCACCCCGCCGCCGACGCCGUCCAACCCGGACCCGGCGCCGGAAUGCGGCACCAUCUGGGUCGAGUUCUGCCCCGAGAAGACGUCGAUCGGCAUCUCGGUCAUGAAGAAGUUUGUCGAGCACUGCUCGGCCAACAACUUCAAGGCCGGCAUCCUCGUCACCGCCGUCGCCCUCUCGGCCCAGGCCCGCAAGGUCAUGACCGUCACCUCCCAGUUCACCCUGAUCGAGUGCUUCCUCGAGGAGGACCUGCUCGUCAACAUCACCCACCACGAGCUCGUCCCCAAGCACGUCCUGCUCAGCCGCGAGGAGAAGGCCGCCCUGCUGAAGCGCUACCGCCUCAAGGAGACCCAGCUGCCACGCAUCCUGUCCAAGGACCCCAUCGCCCGCUACCUGGGGCUCAAGAAGGGCCAGGUCGUCAAGAUCAUACGCACCAGCGAGACGGCGGGGCGGUAUGCCAGUUACCGGCUCUGCGUAUGAAGCAGGCUUUUGUUAAUGCGAGCUCG